AUGGCGCCAAGAGUGUGUCCUAAUAAAUCGUGUAAAGGCACGUCGUUUGCAUACGAGAUCCAGUCUGGUGAGUACUGUUGUACCAACUGUGGUACAGUCGUUGAGGAAUCGAAUAUCGUUUCUGAAAUCACUUUUGGCGAGAGCUCUGCUGGUGCUAUUACCGUCACUGGUUCGUUUGUAGGAGCCGAUCAGGCCCAUGCUGGUUCAGGCGGUCUACACGGCCAUCAGGGCGAGAGUCGUCUUCAGACUAUCGAAAAAACUAAACGUCGAAUCAACGCUUUGGCUGCUAAACUUCAGAUCCAAGAACACAUUUCUGGCAAUGCCAUGCAACAUUUCAAGCUGGCAUUGUCUCAUAACUUUGUCAAGGGUCGGAAAUCACACUAUGUGGUAUCGGCUUGUCUCUAUUUGUCGUGUAGAAUCUACAAGACUGAUCAUAUGUUAAUGGAUUUUGCCGAGGCUAUUUUUGUGAAUGUGUUCAGUAUUGGAUCUACUUAUUUACAGCUACUUAAAUGUCUGGGAAUCUAUCAGAUUCCAACUAUGGACCCGGUUUUUUUCAUUCAACGAUUCAUUUCCAAACUGGCACUGAGUCCUAGUGACUCGAAUACGGUGAAAAACGAUGCUUCAAGACUGACUCAGCGUAUGGGUAAAGACUGGCUGACUAUUGGAAGACGUCCUACCGGUGUAGCGGCCGCUUGUGUGUUGUUGGCGUGUAGAAUGAACAACAUCCGAGUGUCAAAAGCUCAAAUCGUUCAAAUAGCCAAAGUUGGUGAGACCACUGUUCAGAGAAGACUGGAUGAGUUUAGUAAUACUAGUGCUGGUGGUUUGGCGGUGGGUACUUUCCGAGCUACCAUGAUUGAAUCGUCAGCAGACCCCCCUUCGUUCACAAGACGCCAGGAACUGAAUAGAAAGGCAUCUGAGAAGUUGGCCAAAGAGCAAGAAGCUCUUGAACGAGGUGAUAUUAUCGAUAGCGAUUUGAUGAAAAUGGCCAGAGAAAUCGACGAGAACUUGAGUGAGGUGGGUCAGGCUUUAGGAAAAGAGGUCCAAGCUGCAGAAGAGGCCGAGGGCACUAAUUCUCAGACUGCAACUGGUGAAGAUAACGCCGAUGCUGAGGGUGAAGCUAAUGCUGAAGUCGAAACUACUGUGGAAGCUAAUACUGAAACUACAUCUGAAGCUGAUGCUACUACUGAAGCUACAUCUGAAGCUGAUGCUGCUACUGAGGCUACAUCUGAAGCUGAUGCUGCUACUGAGGCUACAUCUGAAGCUGAUGCUGCUACUGAGGCUACAUCUGAAGCUGUUGCUGCUACUGAAGCUACAUCUGAAGCUGUUGCUGCUACUGAAGCUUCUGGCGAAGUUGACGCUGAAGCUGAUAAAGGCAACGAAGAGGACAAAAACGAGUCGGAGAACGAGUUUUCUGACAGUCCGCAACAAAAGAGCAAAAACAAGGGUAAAGAAAAGAUCACAGAUGCAGCUGCUGCCACCAGUGAAACCGGUUCAACUGGCAAUUCAACUGCCACUACACAACCCAAAAAACAGCCAUCACGAGCUGUGUCGUUCUUAGAACGAUAUCGAGCUCAGAAAGCCGAAGCUAUUGCUGCAGCGCUUGCUGCCGGCAACGAAGACAUCGAUUUGAGCGGGAUUGGCGGCGGUAUCAUUGGCCGGGUGCGAGAAAACGAGGGACCUAAAUGGGUUUCUGAAGUGCCCGACGACCCAUUAUGUCUUUCCGAUGUUGACGACGACGAAGUCAAUGCGAGUGUGCUGACGGCGUCUGAAAUCGAGAUCAAGACUCAGGUCUGGAUGACCAUGAACCGCGACUACCUCAUUGAGCAAGAGAACAAACGACUCAAACUCGAGGCUGAUGCUGCUGCUGGAAUCAUCCGAGCACCCAAAAAACGCAAGAAGAAUGCAGCAGCCCGAGUCAAGACCUCGACGUACAAACUCCAAGACGGAGCACUACCUUCAGCAGCCGAAACUGCCCAGCAAGUGCUCAAACAAAAAGCGUUCUCCAAAAAACUCAACUACGAGGCCGUAUCAACCUUCCUCUUCAAAACCGGCCGCCAGCACUAA